AUGGCUGACGAAAUUGUGAUCGAUAAAACCGCCUUUUUUAACCGACUUUCGAGCUUCUAUACAGCAUGGAAAGCAGACAAACGAUCUGGGAACGCUGUUUUUGGCGGCGUAGGAUCAAUCGUGAUCCUAAUGGGGAAAACAGAUGAAGCAAAUAGCUUCCAGAAAAAUAACGCGAUUCAUUUUUGGCUUCUUGGCUACGAAUUUCCAGCUACACUUAUGGUUUUUACAACAGAUAUGAUGUAUGUUGUAACUACUGCGAAAAAAGCUAAGCACCUUGAACCGCUGAAAGUUGGUAAGAUUCCGGUGGAAAUACUGGUCACGUCCAAGGAUCCAGAAGAGAAAAGCAAGUCGUUCGAGAAAUGCUUGGAAGUCAUAAAAAAUGCCGGUAAUAAAGUCGGUGUGCUUCCAAAAGACACAGCUGCUGGCCCCUUCGCAGAAGAUUGGAAGCGUGCGUUUGCAAAUAUAACGCAGGAGAUAGAAGAGGUUGAUAUUUCGCCCGCUCUUUCUUCCGCAGCCUUUUCAGUGAAGGAUACAGAUGAGCUGGUGUCUAUACGGAACGCAUCAAGAGCAUGCAGUGGCUUAAUGUCAGAUUACUUCGUUGAUGAGAUGUCUCGUCUACUUGACGAAGAGAAGCAAAUGACUCACAAGGCGCUCUCAAUGAGGAUUGAUGCGAAAAUUGACGACUCCAAGUUUUUCAGCAAACUUGCCAAGCUGCCAGCCGAAUUUGAUCCCCAACAAAUUGAUUGGGCAUAUGGUCCUGUUAUUCAAAGUGGAGGGAAAUACGAUCUUCGACUUACAGCUACGUCUGAUAACAGUAACCUUCAGGCAGGGAUUAUCAUUGCUGGGUUUGGGAUCCGUUACAAGACGUACAGUUCGAUUAUAGCACGCACCUACUUAGUAGACCCCAGCAAGUCUCAGGAGACCAAUUAUGCUUUCCUAUUGAACCUCCACGAAACAGUUAUGAAAGAUGUUCGUGAUGGGACGAUAGCCAAAGAUCUGUAUAACAAAGCAAUCGGUCUGGUUCGAGCCAGGAAGCCUGAGUUAGAGGCCCACUUUGUGAAAAGCAUUGGCGCUGGCAUUGGAAUCGAGCUCCGAGACUCUAACAUGGUUCUCAAUGGCAAGACGAAUAAAAUUCUGAAGAGUGGCAUGACUCUUUCUAUCACAGUGGGACUGACGGAUGUCGAAGAGCCUGAGUCAAAAGACAAAAACAGGGCUGUAUACUCUAUGGUUAUUACAGACACUGUACGUGUUGGUGAAAAUGGCCCACACAUAUUCACCAAGGAUGCAGGUAUUGAUAUGGACUCUGUCUCGUUCUACUUCGGUGACGAAGAGGAACCUCAGAAACCUGCCAAGGAAAAAAAGGAGGUUAAAACCGGCGCGAUGGCUAGCAGGAAUGUUACCCGCACCAAACUUCGCGCUGAGCGACCAACUCAAGUUAACGAAGGUGCAGAGGCACGACGUCGCGAACAUCAGAAGGAGCUGGCCACGAAGAAGACAAAGGAGGGCCUCGAUCGAUUCGCCGGAACUACCGGGGACGACAAUGGAAUCACACAGAAAAAGUUUAAACGAUUUGAAUCCUACAAAAGGGAUAACCAGCUGCCUGCUAAGGUGAAGGAUCUCACUAUUUAUGUGGACCACAAAGCAUCAACUAUUAUUGUCCCAAUAAUGGGCCGACCAGUGCCUUUUCAUAUCAAUACAAUCAAGAAUGCCAGCAAAAGUGAUGAAGGAGAAUACGCUUAUCUUCGAAUCAACUUCCUUUCUCCAGGCCAGGGUGUUGGCAGGAAGGAUGAUCAACCAUUUGAAGACUUGUCAGCUCACUUUUUGCGCAAUUUAACGCUCAGGUCUAAAGACAACGAACGUCUUGCGCAGGUCGCUCAAGAUAUUACUGAGCUUAGGAAGAAUGCCCUGAGGCGAGAACAGGAGAAGAAGGAGAUGGAAGAUGUAGUGGAGCAAGAUAAGCUUAUUGAAAUUAGAAAUCGUCGCCCUGUGAAAUUGCCUGACGUUUAUCUUCGACCUCCAUUAGACGGUAAACGAGUCCCAGGUGAAGUCGAAAUCCACCAAAAUGGUCUUCGUUAUAUGUCACCUUUCCGAAACGAGCAUGUCGAUGUUCUUUUCAGCAAUGUGAAACACCUAUUUUUCCAGCCCUGUGCCCAUGAAUUGAUCGUGCUGAUACACGUCCAUCUGAAAACACCCAUCAUGAUUGGCAAGCGGAAGACCAGGGAUGUGCAGUUUUACCGCGAGGCUACUGAGAUGCAAUUCGAUGAGACUGGCAAUCGUAGGCGCAAACAUCGUUAUGGUGACGAAGAAGAGUUCGAGGCAGAACAAGAAGAGAGGCGACGGAGGGCAGCCUUGGACCGGGAAUUCAAAGCCUUUGCUGAGAAAAUAGCAGAUGCGGGUAAGGAUGAAGGAGUAGACGUUGACAUCCCGUUCAGGGAGAUUGGUUUUACUGGUGUGCCGAACCGCUCCAACGUCUUGAUUCAGCCAACUACGGAUGCCCUGGUUCAGUUGACAGAGCCCCCUUUUCUUGUGAUAACUCUGAACGAGAUCGAAAUCGCUCAUUUAGAGAGGGUGCAGUUCGGGCUUAAGAAUUUUGACCUAGUAUUUGUCUUCAAAGAUUUCCACAGGCCUCCUGUCCAUGUUAACACAAUCCCUGUCGAAUCCCUCGAAGGGGUGAAGGACUGGCUCGAUUCUGUUGACAUUGCAUUCACAGAAGGACCGCUGAAUCUUAACUGGACCACGAUCAUGAAGACUGUCGUGAGUGAUCCAUACGGCUUCUUUGCUGAUGGUGGAUGGUCGUUCCUUGCGGCAGAGUCUGAUUCCGAGGACGGUGGAUCCGAGGAGGAAGAAUCUGCAUUCGAGCUGUCGGAGUCCGAACUUGCCGCAGCGGAUGAAAGCUCUGAAGAUGACAGCGAAUUUGAUGAUGAUGCCAGUGCUGAGGCAAGUGAGGAUUUCAGCGCAGAUGAGGAGAGUGGCGAAGAUUGGGACGAAUUAGAGAGGAAGGCCAAAAAGAAAGAUAGGGAAGGUAGUGUCGAUGAUGAAGAACGUGGUAAGAAGCGAAAACGUUAG